CCAUCUUUAUCAAAAUUGUUAUUUAUUAUUCUUAUUCGCAUUGUACACAAAAUCGUGUUCGAUAUAUUUAUUAAUUACUCAAUACCAUCUACAUAAGUUUCUCUGUAUUCAUUUGUAUUUACUAUUUAUCUAAUCAUCAUUAUUAUAAAAAUAACCAAUAAUUAUUAUUAUUUUUUAUCACCAUUCUUCUGUGCAAAAUGAACUCUUGCACUAUUCCUGCUGUUCCUGAAGAUCUACAAGGUGACAAUAGAUGGAUGAGUCAACACGAACGGCAUGUUUCUGAAGCAAAAGAGCGUGAACCAGAUGUUAUUCUAAUAGGCGAUUCAAUUAUACAGCAAUUACAAUUACGUCCCAUAUGGAAUGAUUUAUUCGAACCUUUGCAUUGUUUGAAUUUCGGCAUUGGGGGAGAUUUAACACAAGGAGUGUUGUGGAGAAUCCAAAAUGGUAUUCUUGAUAAUAUCAAACCAAAAGCUUGUGUUAUACAUGUUGGAACUAAUAAUUUUGGCAAUACUCCAGAAGAAAUAUCAGAAGGCAUUUUAAUGAUCGUUAAUGAAAUAAAAACAAGACUUCCUGAUUGCUACAUUGUUUUAUUGGACUUACUGCCAAGAGGUGCCAAACCAAACCAAUUACGAGUUCGAAAUUCCAAAGUAAAUGAAAUUGUACAUGAAAAAGUUAAACCUAUUUCCCGACUAGAAGUAAUUACGGUCAACACAGGGUUAUUGCAAUCUGAUGAUACGUUAAGUGCCCAAGACAUGCUUGAUUAUUUACAUCCUACUGAAUCAUGUUACCGAAAAAUUUUCGAGCCUGUGCAUGAAGUGCUGUUACAUAUUCUUGGAGAAGCUAAAGAUGUUGACAAAGAAAUAAUUGGUACCCAUUAAAUUUUUUCCUUGGGUCCAUAUGCACCAAAAUUGCAUUUUUUAUUGUGAUUUUUUUGAAAUUUGGUAUUUUUUUAUUGUUAAUUUCAGCCUUCUGAUAAAAAUAAUUAAGGGGCCUUUGAUAUUUUUGUAUUUUGUUCCUAACUUAAUUAUAGACUGCUUGGGUUAAGUAUAAAGUGUAAUGCAAAAAAAAAUAUAUAUAUAUAAUAUAUCAAUGAAAUAAAUUAUUUUUCAUAGUUGCUGAUACACAUAUGUUUAC